UGUUUGGUAGUGACUCAAGCGAUGACCUGCGUAGCUAGACUGGUUAACAUGUGCUAGGUUCUGGUUCAAUAGAGUCCUUCUUCUUUCCUAUUAAAAAAAAAAUACUUGGAUGCUAGAUCUUUUACUCCUCCAUCAGCAAAUAAUCUUUACAAUGCAGUAAACCGGGAACGGGGUACCCCCUCAUAUUCAACACUCAACACUGGCCAAGCUAAUUGAAAAGUGUAUCACGAGAAACACAGGCUUUGGUUUGACAGUCUUCCCCCCAUGCAAGGCUUUUUAGAGUAAACAGUUUCACUAUACAAUAACGUCCCCCCUAAAAACACUAUAAAACCCCUUAAUCCCUUAUAGCUUAGAGGAUAAACUAUAUAAGUCCCAAAAAUCUAAAAAAGUUACAGUUUCCGGCACCGGUCAUCACGAAAUUACGUCAAGAAACGAUGAACAACGUCAUCAUCCAUGUCUUUAUCAUGAGUUUCCUCUGUUGCUCACUAACAACUGCUGCUUUGACCAGCCUUGUACUCCCUAUCUGCACGUACAUCUCUAAAGCUGACCCGGAAAAUGUAAACUAUGAAUCCUGCAUAUCAAUACUCGGGUCGGAUCCCCGGAGCUCCAUAUCAACCGCUCCACAACUAGCCCGAAUAUCCUUCGAGUUAGAUAUAACAAGAGCUAAAACCAUUUCCUCAACCAUUGACACUCUGUUAAAGCUCUCUGUAUCAGAUCCUCUUGCGAGUAAUGCAUUGAAAGAUUGCUCGAGUGUCUACUCGAGAAUCCCAGGUGAUCUAGAAUCAGGUCUCGAGGCUAUAAAAGACGGAGACUUUGAUACGGCAAGUGCAAGGGUAAGUGCAGCAAUGAAUGCUGCUAUUACUUGUGAAAUUGGGAUCAAGGAGAAGAAAGGAAACAUAGCUCCUUUGCAUAAGGAGAUCAGUGAGUUCUACCAGUUGGGUGCCAUUUCUCUUGGUUUCACCAUUUUGUUGAGGAUUAUAAAUUGAUCAUGUAUU